UUCUUAGCUAUGAAAGCCCUGCCUUUUUGAACCACAAUGGAUUCCAAAGAUUUAGCUAUAGCCAUAUCCCUACUUCUUCCUUAAAUAAAUGUGGGAGUUUUGCAGUUAUUUUAUGAGUUUUAGUACAUACUAAUUUGAAAACGGUGUACAUCAAAUGCUCUCAGUAGUGCAAGUGCUGUCUCUCCAUUCAAAUAUUUUUCUGAAGUAAUUUCUAUAAGGAAAUAGACCAUGGCUAUAUUGCCAGCUAGCUAUUAAUUUUGUCUCCAAAAUCCUAUUCCAAGCUACAAUACUGUACAUGAACAACAAACGACCCAAACAGAGGCAUGACAGAGUAUAAACUUGUGGUAGUCGGGGCUGGUGGUGUGGGAAAGAGUGCUUUGACAAUACAGCUCAUCCAAAACCACUUUGUGGAUGAAUAUGACCCCACUAUUGAGGACUCCUACAGGAAGCAGGUGGUGAUUGAUGGGGAGACAUGUCUGCUGGACAUCCUGGACACGGCAGGCCAGGAGGAGUACAGUGCCAUGAGGGACCAGUACAUGAGGACAGGGGAGGGCUUCCUGUGUGUCUUCGCCAUCAACAACAGCAAGUCUUUUGAGGACGUUCACCUCUACAGAGAGCAGAUCAACCGCGUGAAGGACAGUGACAGCGUUCCCAUGGUGCUGGUGGGAAACAAGAGCGACCUGGGUUCCCGGAGCGUGGAGAGCAGGCAGGCCCAGGAGCUGGCCAGAGGGUUAGGGGUCCCCUUUGUAGAGACCUCUGCCAAAACCAGACAGGGGGUGGAGGAAGCCUUUUACUCUUUGGUGCGGGAAAUCAGGCGAUACAAGGAAACUAACCGCAGCAACAAGAAGAGCAAGAAAAGUACUCAGAGACGUUGCACUUUACUAUAACACAGACCAAGCCUGUCCCCUCACUGCCCUAUACUAUAACACAGACCAAGCCUGUCCCCUCACUGCCCUAUACUAUAACACAGACCAAGCCUGUCCCCUCACUGCCCUAUACUAUAACACAGACCAAGCCUGUCCCCUCACUGCCCUAUACUAU